UGCCUAAUGAAGAAAUUGAUCCGACAAUAAUACUCUCUUCAACUUCCUCUUUUGUUCUAUGUUUAAUAAUGUCCUCUAUUUCAUAACAGUUUUGUUGUUUAUUAGGUGUUGUUGGAUUUAUUAGAUUAGGGUUUAGGGGUUUUGUAAAGUAGUUUCAUCAAUCUCUUUCCUCCUUUGUUGCAGCCUUCACAUUCAAAGCUACCAUGCCGAAGCAUUACAGACCAGCGGGCAAGAAAAAGGAAGGUAACGCCGCCAAAUACGUUACUCGUUCUCAGGCUGUCAAGAGUCUCCAAGUCACUCUCCCUCUUUUUAGGAAAAUAUGCAUUUGGAAGGGUAUUUUCCCUCGUGAUCCGAAGAAGAAAAUAAAAGGGAAUCAUCAGACUUAUUAUCAUACUAAGGAUAUAUCUUUCCUUCAUCAUGAUCCACUUGUGGAUAUACACCGUGAUAUUAGGGCGCAUGACAAGAAGAUUAAAAAGGCUUUAUCGAAGAAGAAUAAGCCCCGUGCUGUUCGUCUUGAAGAACAUAAACCUUCUUACAGUUUAGAUAGGCUUAUCUUAGAGAGGUACCCGAGGUUUAUUGAUGCACUUGGGGAUUUGGAUGACUGUCUUACUAUGAUCCACCUGUUUGCUUCUUUGCCAACAUUACAAAAUGAAAAAGUUGAUGUAAAACGUAUCCAUAAUUGCCGUAGGUUGAGUCACGAAUGGCAAGCAUACAUUUCUCGAACCAACAAGUUACGCAAGACUUUCAUUUCAGUGAAAGGCAUCUAUUAUCAGGUAGAGGUGGAUGGACAAAAAAUAACAUGGAUUGCCCCUCAUUCAAUUCAACAAGUCGUGACUGAUGAUGUUGAUUUUAAUGUCAUGCUAACCUUUCUGGAAUACUAUGAGACUCUUCUUGCUUUUGUGAACUUCAAACUUUACCACUCCAUAGAUGUGAAGUACCCACCAAUUCUUGAUCCUCGAUUGGAAGCAUUAGCAGCAGAUCUAUAUGCACUUUCAAGGUACAUUGCCAAUAGAUCCAAGGAGCAAGGAGGCAAUGAAUUAUCUAGUAAACUAGAUGAAUCACAGCUAACGCUUGCACAACUUCAACAUCAGCUGGUCCCUUGUGAGCCUGGAGUGUUAAUGCAUCUUGUUGAAGAAACUGAGAUUGAGGAUGAUGCGGAUGAAGAAACGAAGGAGUGCAGGUCACUUUUUAAGAACAUGAGAUUCUUCUUGGGGCGAGAGGUUCCCCGGGAGCCGUUGCUUUUUGUGAUCUCUGCCUUUGGUGGAAUGGUCUCUUGGGAGGGAGAUGGAGCUCCAUUUGAGGAGUCUGACACAAGCAUUACUCAUCAGAUUGUUGAUCGUCCGACUCAAAAUCAUUUGUUUCUGUGUAGAGAAUAUAUUCAGCCUCAAUGGGUCUUUGAUUCUGUAAACGCUCGUAUAAUACUGCCUACUGAGGAUUAUCUGGUGGGAAAGGUCCCGCCACCACAUCUCUCUCCCUUUGUUGACAACGAUGCAGAGGGGUACACCCCUGAUUAUGCACAGAAAAUUAAGCAGCUUCAGGCUGCUGUUAGAAAACAAGUAUUGCCAGUACCAUCAAUUGGGAAUGAAGAUCAGAAUGACACUCAGAAUCUAUUGUUGGAGGGUGUUGCGGGUCGUGUAGAAGCUAACAAGGCAGCUGAGAGAAAGAAAGAGAUGUCAAAACAAGAGAAACAGCAUCACGAAGAGAUGAAAAUGGAACUUCAGGGUAUUAGCCCUGCAACUGGUACUAUUCAGAAUGUUCAGGCUCCAGAUCAAGAUCAAGAUCAAGAUCAAGAUCAAGAUCAAGAUCAGGCGGAUAACGAUCAGAUGUCUGAGGAGCCUGACAUGUCAGAAUUGACAAUGUCUCGACGUAAAAGAGGGCUUUAUGAAUCGAUACGUAUCAGUAAGCAACGAAGGAAGGCUAAGGUUGACCAUCUUGAGUAUAGAAAACGAAGUAUUGCUAAAAACCAGAAGUGAGGAAAAGAUUGAAGCAGCUCCAACAUGCAUUGUUACUGAAGCUUUGCAUUUUUGGUUCUGGAAAUUAAGUAAAUCUGUGAGGAAAAUGUAGUAUAAUUUGUGGUUUAACAGAGGGAUGCAUUCUAUGUUAUUGUCCUGAAAUUUUGGUAGCAGUUUUGCCUGAGACACAAAUCAUUUCUUAAUUUUCUUCUAGUAGCUGUUUAUUUCACCUUUUUAUUGCAAGGGUUGUUUCCAGAUCUCUUAGCGUAUGCUCCAUAUUAGCGAUGUUAAUAGAAUAAGUCGAAUAUAGAUGUUGGUCCCUUGGUAGCCUA